GCGGGUGGCGCGCGCACCCCCCUUUGGGAGACCAAAAGUACUUUUUUUAAGAGGCCGAAAUCUUAAACAUCCUUCAUAGAAUUAAGAUUAGUAGCCAUUACCUGUCAUCUGGAACGCGCUAUGACGCCGACGCGACGGUUGAGACACCGGAUAUCGGCAUGAAUUUGAAUUGCAGCUGUAAUAACGCGGCGUUGCAACGCAACGCGAUUCAGUGAUACCACAAUGGCGUCGAAGCGAGCACGAGGAGAGCUGGAAGAUUUAAGGCCAAACAAGAAAAGCAGACAACCAUCUCUUUUAAGAUUCUGGUCCAAUCCAACAGAAGGUGGACCACCUGGCACAACUACAGAAAAUGACCACAGCAUUGACCUGUAUGAAUGUUCAGAUAUUGGAGACACACAGAUGAAAGAUGAACAACAAGGACCGUGUUUCGGUGUAAAGACAACUGAAGAGCCGGCGCUCAACCAAGCGGAUUUGCCCCAAACAACUUACGACAUAGAUAUAUCAAAGGCCAAGGACCGGAUUAGUGAAAUGGACGACUCUGGAAAACUCCAACUUCUUCAGACCAGAAAACCACCCAAAUCUUUCAAUUUCCCUGCCAGAGACUUUAAAGACAUCCGAAGAGCCAGUGGGGUGACCAAAAGAACAUGCCAGAGGGACUGGCUGGACAAGUAUGACUUUUUAUCAUACUCUGCCCAGGAAGAUGGCGUGUACUGUUUGCCAUGCAUUUUGUUUCCUGUUGAGAGUCAGAGUAGAAGGGCUAGUAUUUUGAUAGACCUGCCAUUUACUAAUUGGAGAAAGUUCAAUGAACAAAUGACAACACACAUGCAACUGCAAUACCACCAGAGUUCUGAUGCAAAGUUUCGUGCUUUUGUGGAUGUAAUGAAUGGUCAACAAACAAGGAUUAACCACAUGUUGAAUUCUGAGAUGGAUAAACGAGUUACAGAAAAUAGACUGUUCCUCUCAUCAGUUGUAAAAUGUAUAGAGCUGUGUGGGCGUCAGGGCUUCGCCCUAAGAGGCCACCGAGACGAUCCUACAUCAGAAAGUCUAAACAAAGGCAACUUUCUUGCACUUCUCAAGUUCAGACAAGAAGCAGGCGAUGACCCACUUAAAAAUUACUUGGACUCAUGCGGUCAAAAUGCAAAAUACAUUUCUAAAACAUCUCAAAACGAUUUGCUUGACUGUAUAAAAGAGUAUAUUCAAAGCACAAUUGUGCAUGAUGUGCUGAAUCAGGAAUGGGGGCCACACUAUGCUGUAAUAGCUGAUGAGGUCACUGAUGUUUCGAACUGUGAACAACUAGGAAAGUUGGCCUAG